GAAAACGCCGCAGACUGUGGCAACCCUUAUCAAAUAAUCAAGGCUCAUCUCUCUAUAUAAGAGAUCGUAUCCGUUGCCAGUCGCAAAUACUGAGCACCUGAAUUAUCAAAGUAUUCUAAAGGUUUCGGACGUAUUUAUUUUGCUAAAUUAUUUCUCAGCAAAUAUUUCGUAAACGUCAAUUUUGCAUAAAUUCUAUUCAUCGUAAAAGCGAUGCAUAAAAAUCAAUACGUGAAUGACUAUUUAAUCAGCUUAUUGUCUUGGAUAAUGUCCCGUUUGUCAAUGAAUCAUGAUCAAAUCCCACGCUGUCCCAGGGCGGAAUUGGCUGGGAAUCUCAUCAGAAAGAAAAUAAUACCUGCUUCUUUCGAGUGGUUGUUUCGCUUCUCUCAACCAGCUCACUUCAUGACUCUAGUAACAUCAAUCUACUUAGCAUUCCUGUUUUUCCCCCGUGAAAAUCGCCUAGCACCAGAGCAACCGUCUACGUUCACCAGUUUGCUAUAUGUCGCCUGCUUUGCUAUGCAUUUCGGAACGCAGUUUUGGAUGACUUUCGCGUCAGGUCUUGUUUUAUUUUUCUCUCUACCACGUCACAUCUUCGGUAAAGUACAGAAGUGCCUCUUUCCUAAGUACUUCAUGCUCAACUCUCUCUUGUCAGCGAUAACCCUAGCGCUCUUCAUCCUCCAUCACCCUACUACCGCACAAGGUGAACUCAAAGUUCAAAUGUGGACGCUGUUAGUCUGUUUCCUGAGUGAAUUCGGAGCUAGAUUAUACAUUGUUCCAAGUCUGAUAGAUGCUCUUGAAGAAAGGAUGAACCUCGAAGAGAAUGCAGGAGUAGGCAUGGAAGUUGGCUACCACAAUCCAGGACCUUUAGCUUACUGCCCUCAUUACUCUCAGAUUAAUAAGAAGUUUAGAAAAUACCACGCCAUCUGCGCAUGUGCUAAUAUCCUUUCCAUGGGUUGCACCACAUUGCAUUUAUAUUUCCUUUCUACAAGGCUGAGAUCAGCUUUAACAUAGAUUAUUCCAGUACAGUUUGUUCAUAUCCUCAUCUAUUGACUACAUCUGGAUAUUGUAGUGUUUAUUUAUGUGCAAUACAAGUUUGGACAUGAUAAAAUGCGUUUGAACCAACAAAGAAGAAACUGUACCAGAGACAGCAAGCGGCAGUUCAAAAUAAGGUGAAGGUAAAUGCUGCUUUGUGGACAAAAACGCAGAAUUAGGCCAGUAUCAUUGCGAGUUCUAGCACAAACUGCUGCCUAAGCUUUAUCCAUUACAUACUACUUCUGAAAUACAGAUCAGAACUCUGUUUGCGUCCAAGGAAAGAGAGAUGUCUAAAGACUCGGAUGAGAGAUAUGCAAUCAAAGGGUUAUUAGUAAACACUUUAUACAAAGAUUUAUAAGUAAAAGAACUUCGUUUGCAGUUACCCAAUACAUAUUCAAACAAUAUUGUGUUUACUAAUAACCCUCUGAAGGAAGAUGCCUUACAAAAUCAAUGAAUGUGAUAAUGUAGCACAACAUAAUUUCUCACAACAUAACUAGUAAGUAUUAUGUUAUGUUAUGAAAAAAGAAUAAUUUAUAAAAUCUACCUUAUGAAAACUUUUCAGCUUUCAGCUACUGAAAAACUUAAUUUUUACUAACACCAAAUUAAAUUCUUUGAAUUCAUAAAGUGUACAAAAGAAAAAAAAAUUGUGAGACAUAAAUAUGCUGAAAACAAUGCAAACCUAAUUAUUAUGUAAUAUUUCUUUUUGUAUUCUUCCCAUCCUAAGAACAUUUCUCUACUUAGAUUUUAUUUACUAAAACUUAAGCAGAGAAACGUUUUAUUAAAGCAUUACAAGAAAAUAUAUCGCAUGAUGCAUAUCAAAAUAAAGUACAUACUUUACAUAACAUAUUAAUGAAAUCUAUUUAUGUAUAAAUUAUUGUUAUGGGGUUUUCUGAUGCGCAGCAAAAUGUAUUUUAUUGUACUUUAAUUCUAACAUAAAAUUUAAUAGCUGAAAUUCUAUCAUAAACGUUUAGUCUUUCGUAAGAAAACGCAAGGCUAGUUUUAUUAAAACUUAAAAUUAUUUCAGUAAAACAAAUACCUUCAUUAUGUUAAAAAGAAGACAAGCAAAAAAUGCAUUUGACUAUUUAUUAAAUAAUCAAUAAAUUAUACUUUUGAGGGCCAGCACAUGUUUUAUAAGCAAAAAGUACUUACUUCAAUUUUUAUAAAGUAAGUACUUGCUGUACUUAAUACAUUGCUCUAGGUCAAAAUAAGAGCAAAAUCCUUGAUAAUCUAAAUUGGAAAACGUGUUUUAAAAAUUCUACAAUGCAAAAUGUUAAAAAUUAGAUAUUUAAGAAAAAUGACACCCAUAUAUAUUAAAAUCAUGAAAUAAACCAUUGAUUAAACAUUUGUAAAUUUAUUAUUCAUAAUGUAUUAUUAUUUAUUGUUCUUUCAUUUUCAUUCUUCUCUCAUAAUGUAUUUAUUAGAAAGGUCAUUAUAAAUUUCACUCGAUAUUUAAAGUGAAACUUCAUCCUUUUAGUAUUAUUCUCUGUGUAUUGCAUUUCAGUUUGUUCGUAAACUAUUUUGUAUUGUUUGUCUACAGUGUUCACAUUUGACCUUUAUUGCUCAUUUUUAAGGAUAAUUUUAGAAAAAACUUCGGUGUGUAUGAUGAAUGUUACUAAAAUAUUUCUUUCUACUGUAGUCCAGCUGUUUGAUUUAAAUAUUUAUUUUAAUGUACUAAAUAAAAAAGAACUUACAUUUAAAGAU